AUGAUGUGGUUCAACACCUGCUUCAUGAUACUCUGCUAUCCGGUCUUCCUAGCCUACGAAGCCGCUAGUCGGAGGAACCUACGCAAGGAUGCGUCUUCGAUUUUCGGUGAUCGAGGCAUACACCCAAUAUCGCUGGUAACCACUGUCUUACCAUUUCUCCUGUUUUGGAUCGGAGCCAACUAUUCGUAUUCCGCCUCGCUCCUGUAUAUCUCGGCCAGUGUAGCGACAUCGAUUUCGUCUUGCAAUGCCGCUAUGGUCUACCUCCUUGCCGUACUCAUUCUACAUGACAAGUUCGUGCCUAUGAAGGUGCUUUCUGUAGUUUUGGCUGUGGCUGGUGUAGUAGUAAUGUCACUGAGUGGAGAGAUGAGGGCUCAAUGGCAAGGAGUCGUUCUUUCAGUGACGUCGGCGGCCUCAGCUGCUUUUUAUAAGGUACUUUUCAAGCGGUAUCUGGGCCAUGCUAAUCUGGGUCAAGUGUCGCUGUUCAUGACAUGCCUGGGAUUUCUGAACCUUUCCUUCAACUGGGUUCCUGCUCUGACUCUUGUUCUCACUCAUGUCGAGCACGUGGAAAUAGCCUACGUUCCGUGGGCGCCUUUGCUUGGAGCUUCGUUGUUGUCAUUAUUGUUCAACUUCCUCAUCAACUUCGGUAUAGCACUGCUGCAUCCACUUGUCGUCUCUGUAGGCAUGCUUAUGGGAAUUCCUCUGAAUACAGGUACGUGA